AUGCCCGACGUACUCCCUGACCCCGACAUCAUCCGGUACCCCCUCCACGAUGCCACCUUAAUUCUCUCGGUAUCGGAGGACCCGAUCUCACCCCAGACCGGUGUGAAGGCCCCUCUGGAUAUCUACUGCGAGAGAUUUAUGCUGAACAGGAGCAUCUCGGCCACCAACGCGAGUGACGAUUCGCCGGCCCGUUUCGGCAUCUUCACCCGCGAACUCCUGGGUCUCGAAAACGUUGCCAAAGCUCUUGCCAUCUCCCUCUCGGGGGCUGAUGGUAAAGACCAUGAUUACCCAAACGGGUACAAAGGCGGUGUCAUCGACAUGUACGUCGAGGAUUUAUCAGUGGCCACCGCUCGGGGACUCAGCAUCCAAGCGCGCGGGGGCAGGGGUUACACGCCGUUGGACCAAUUGGAUGCCAAGGUAGGUGAGAAUGGAGGCAAUGGAGGGGAUGGGGGUCAAGUCUCGGUAAUCGCUGGGGUGAAGUCGUCCGACAGCGCCCUGAUCGCGGAUCGCAUCCUGGAUCACCUAGCGGAUUCUAAGAAGAGGUGGCCGGCAGAUUUUUGGGACGAUAUCACUGAGUUCAUUAGUAUCUUGGAGCAGAAGGAUGUGAAGGUCGUCUACGAACCGCCGAGUAAUAUGAAGACGACUGAAGAUAUUCGGAAAGUCCAGCUGAGUUCCUUUCGGACGCAAGUGAGAAGACUCCGGCGAGCUCUGGGGUCUACUGUCGAUGACCUGCAUGUCGCGCUGAGCAAUGCUGUCGAUGUCCAUGGAGGCAUGUAUGGCACUGGUUCGCGGGGUUCCGAGAAGCCUGGCAAGAGCGGACAGCAAGGGAAGGACCAAAGGCCAAUCAUCGCAUUUACUGUUGACGUCGAUGCUCUCCUCCAGACCAAGGUCUGUUACGCGCAUCCGAUCCAGUGCCGUAUGUUACUAGACAAGGCCAAACUGUUGUUCUGGUCUGGAUCAUUGGACAACAAAGCACAGAGCACCACCAUCCUGCAGCACCUGCAGGAAAGGCUUAAGCCAUUUCUGAUGAUCUCCGGUCCAUCAUCAUCAUCAGUGGCCCAGUCGCCCUUGGUGCAGGCAUACCGCGAAGCUGAGCCCCGCCUGUGCAUUGUUAGCGACAAAAAUAGUGACAUUCCUGUUUCGGUAAAACGUCUGACGAGUCUCACAUCGGAGGCCGAGAUGACCUUGAAGCAUAUCAUGUCCGGCGUGGACUUCUAUGGAAAAAGUCCGGACGAGGUCCCUCGGGGCUCUUUUACUUCUUAUCACAACAUUGCCGAGUACUUUCUGGGUGAGCUGGAGUUCGUUGAAAACACCUACAAGGACUGGUUCAAUAAUGGGAGCGAUGCAAUUGCACGGCUGAAUGCGAUCAGGAACCGGGGCAGAUUAUGUGACUCAACAACUCAGUUGAAGAAUCGCCUCAUUCAGGAGGCUAUUUCUGACCUGGACAGCAGUGCAUCCACCAUUGAGAGUUUGACAGAUGCAUUCCCAGCAGCUAGACAGGCCGUGCUGGAUGAGGCUGCAAAAGUCGCUCAGAAAAUCAAGGAGAAAUUCACAUUUUCUUUCGACGAACUAGUCUCUGCGAUAAGCCAAGUGCUCUUCGUCCAGGGAAACCCCGCCAUGGUCGCCUUGCAGACCGUCAGUCUGCUUGACAAAGGCUUGAACGAUAUUGAGAAGGAUGAUGGCAUUCUAAUCCCCAAGAAGUACCUGCUCUCCAAACUGCACCGCAUCAAUGGAUCCUUCGAAAGUCUGCACGAGGGAUACAAAGUCCUGGAUGGCAGAAUUCAGCUGACAGAUCCCGGUGCCGAAAAGCUAAUAGCAGACGUAGAAGAGUUUGAGAGAUUACUGAGUGACUUUGAGGUUUCGCUCGGUGAUGACAUCCUCAAGGGCCUGAAGCAGAAAUUUCAAACGUAUAUUAUAAUCGUUUCCCAACGUAAUGCGGCGGUCGUGCGAUACAAUUCCGACCUCACCUUAUUGGUUCAGUAUCAUCGUGAAUUGGACUCACUGGAGGUCGAGAAGAAUGACCUCGUGCGUGACGAGUAUGAGAAUCUGGGCGCUGACCACCCGUCUAUGACGGCCUUUAUGAAAAAAACGAACCAAGAUGCAGUCCAGACAGCGCAAUUGUGGCUCUACAAGCAAGAACGAGCGUACAGCUUCGUGGCCCUCAGCGACGCUCAAAUCAUCGGAGAGGCUCUCAAGGGUGUUUCUGUUUCUCAGUAUAACCUCACUCAUCUCAGAAAGGCACAGGCGGCUCUAUACGAACGCUACAACAUGGUAUACAAGGAAAAGAAGGGCCAGCCACCGCAGACGCACUUCGGGGCCAAGUUUAUGCUUGAGGAGGAUGAUGUAGAGGAUAUCAAAGAGAGUGGGAAAAAGGACAUCAUGCUCCUCGUCGAUGUGCCUCCAACCGCUGAUGUAUUUAAUGGCAAGGCUGAUGUCCGACUUACCAAAGUACGGUUCUUUGCAAAGGGGGCGAAAACGGACAAUCACCGGCUCGAGGUCAAGCUAACACACACUGGAAAGGAGACCAUUGUGAACAACCGCCUGAAGCGAUUCUACUUCAGACAUGAUCCGCUCAAGGUCACCUUUCGAUACAAUACGGAGUCCAGCAAGGCCGAGGGGGACGACGUCGUGGACGGCAAUAUUGCCUGGCCGACAGAGAAUGAUUUUGCCCUGCCAGGGCCCUUUACUCAGUGGAAGAUCGAGAUCCGGAACGCAGUGAACAAGAAUAUGGAUCUUUCCGGCGUCCAGUCGUCAUAUCUGGAGUUUGAUUACCAGUUCCAGAGUGUUUGA